GGCCAUUUCGUCUGUGCAGGGCCGUCAGUCUCAGAGGGCAGUGGGGCGUUAUCUUACGUACUGGUUAACUGAAAGACACACCAAGAACAUCGCACCAUGAAUGAGACAGCUAUUUCCUUUGCCAAGGAUUUCUUGGCCGGUGGCAUCUCCGCUGCUAUCUCCAAAACAGCGGUCGCCCCAAUCGAGAGAGUGAAGCUUCUCCUUCAGGUCCAGCAUGCCAGCAAGCAGAUCACCGUGGAUAAGCAGUACAAGGGUAUCAUGGACUGUGUUGUCCGUAUCCCCAAGGAGCAGGGAUUCCUUUCCUUCUGGAGAGGUAACCUUGCCAAUGUCAUCAGAUAUUUCCCCACCCAGGCCCUCAACUUCGCCUUCAAGGACAAGUACAAGAAGAUCUUCCUUGAUGGUGUCGACAAGCGCACCCAGUUCUGGAGGUACUUCGCCGGUAACUUGGCCUCUGGUGGCGCAGCUGGAGCUACCUCUCUCUGUUUCGUUUACCCCCUCGACUUCGCCCGUACCCGUCUAGCCGCUGAUGUGGGAAAGGCUGGAGCCACAAGAGAGUUCAAUGGUCUUGGAGACUGCCUGGUUAAGAUCUUCAAGUCUGAUGGCCUGAAAGGCUUGUACCAGGGCUUCAAUGUGUCUGUGCAGGGCAUUAUCAUCUACAGGGCUGCAUACUUUGGCAUCUAUGACACAGCUAAGGGUAUGCUUCCAGACCCCAAGAACACUCACAUAUUGGUGAGCUGGAUGAUUGCGCAGAGUGUGACAGCUGUUGCUGGCCUGACCUCAUACCCCUUCGACACUGUCCGUAGACGUAUGAUGAUGCAGUCUGGACGUAAAGGAGCUGAUAUUAUGUACAGCGGAACCAUCGACUGCUGGCGUAAGAUCGCACGUGAUGAGGGAGGCAAGGCUUUCUUCAAGGGAGCCUGGUCCAAUGUGCUCAGAGGCAUGGGCGGCGCCUUCGUGCUGGUGUUGUACGAUGAGCUGAAGAAAGUCAUGUAAUUCCUCAUGUUGUCACAUCACUGUCCAAUUUGGCUAAAUGUAAUAACUUUCCAUUUUUAUGGACUCUGCAUUCUGCCUUAUUUAUGGGAACAAACUAUAGUGUGUCUCACCGCUAGCUGUGGGCCAUGGCUGUACGUUGUGCAUCUUUAUGAUUUUUAAAACGUUCCACACCCUCUAUACCAAUGUCAUUCCUGUUAAAGAUAUCUGAUACCUCCUCAUGUCAUUCACUAGGUUUGUAUGGUCCCAACUUGAAUAAAUUUAUUCUGGGGAACAAAUUAAAA